AUGCAGCUCAUCCGUUUCUCUGCCUUUCUCGCUGGCAUGUUCGCCCUCUGCAACCUGGGUCUCGCCCACCCAGCGUUAACCAAAGGCCAGGCAGACCAGUCCCAGAUUACCUCAAUCAUGGACACGCUACAGAGCACCGUCGAGUCUGCUGUCGGCUCCCUCAAUGGCAUUGAUCCUAGUACAGCAACGCUCGCCCAAGUCCAGCCCUAUGUAACGGACAUCGAGGACGCGUUCAGCACCGCGGCGUCUGCUCUGAGCUCCCUCAACAGCAGUGGGAGGAAGCGCUCAAGUGUCACCGAUGUUCAAGGGAGACAAACGGCAUUCGAGAAGGAAAUCGCCCAACUCGUCGCCGGAUUGUUGACGGACGUCACCAAUUCGCUAACUGGAUUGCUCUCUGUCCAAGGGCUGGGUGCCAUCCUGCCCAAUCUGGACGGGCCUCUCAACCAGACCUUGUUAGGGCUCGAAACGCUCCUUGCGGGCGUGCUGAACUUGGUAUCUGGGUUGUUGGUGGAUGUAGCGGGGCUGUUGACUGCGUUGGGAUGGGGGCUGACUCUGGCCACGUUGGGAUUGUGAAGCUUCGGUUUCAGGAAUGGCCACUGAGAUCUUGGACAAUGAUUUUGGACUACCCGCAGAUAAGGUACACUUCCGCGCUCAUUUGUUCAACCGGACAAACACAAAUAUUACAU